GCGAGCGGCGGGGCGGGGCGCGGCGCGAGUCCAUGGCCGGCGCUGGGGAGCUGGAGCGGUGGCUCAAUAAGGCCACUGACCCAAGUAUCGCCGAGGAGAACUGGGAAUGCAUCCAGCGGUUCUGUGACCAGGUGAACGCCAACACAGAAGGCCCAUCCCUUGCACCGAGGCUGCUGGCACAUAAAAUCCAGUCACCUCAGGAGAUGGAAGCUCUCCAUGCUCUCACAGUGCUAGAGACCUGUGUGAAUAACUGCGGUGAAAGAUUUCACAAUGAAAUAGCAAAAUUCAGGUUUCUGAAUGAGCUGAUUAAAGUGCUUUCCCCAAAGGUGGGUGGUCGUGGUUACACUGGACAUCGCAGGUGGGACACACUGUUUAUUUCACACCAGAAAUGAAAACUUAAGAGUUAA